UGCCCGGAGUAACCAGGGACGCUGUGGGCACGCGGGGCCCCCGGCCGGUAUUUGAAGCAGCUCGGGCCCCGAGCUCCCCUCAGUCCGGCCUGGACCGGCGACCACACUGGCACCUGAGCUGAGAGAGAGGGUGCAGCAAGGUAACGCGCUCCCCCCGCCCACCCCCAAUCCCCACCCCCGCGUAACUGCGGAGACGGGUUUGUGCGGGAACAAGGAGCGGGGCUCACAGCGCGUAGCUCACCAAUAAACUCCCCUCCCCCCGACCAUCCUUACUCAGCCCCCCGUCCCACCCAUCCAUCCAUCCAUCCAUCCAUCCAUCCGUCCAUCAUCUAUCUGGGUAUCCAUCUAUCCAUCCAUCCAUCCAUCCAUCACCUAGCCUGGGAGAGGCAACUUCUCAAGUGCGAAGGCAAAGAGGAGCUAAAUAAAGAAGUUAGGAAGAAAGAAGGCAAGAAGGACUUAGCGACCACCCCCGGGCGGGGGGUGGGGGGCGAGGAAAAGCUGCCCCUUUAGAGAGAAGGCGAGAUCGCAGAGGGCAGGCACACGUGGGGCAGGCAAGCGGUGUCGGCAGCAGAGUAGAGGAGAAGGAGGCGCGAGGUGCGUGGGGACCGCUGCGGCACAGGUGCCACCUAAGAUCUUCGGUAGCCGACCCCUCCUCGCGCUCGAGCAGGUGGGUCAGUCAGCAUCUUCUACAGCCUUCGACUUGACAGCUGUGCGAAGAAGGCAUGGCCCUGGCCCUUGACAGACGCGCAGACCCACUGAACCUCGGCGGCGGCUGGGCCUCCCCGUCGUCUCUCCCUCCUUGGUCCCCGUGCCACCGACGGCGGAGGAGCACCGCGAUGUCCCGACGGCGCCACCGUUCCGGCCCCAAGCUGGAAUACGAGGAACUGCGAAAGCAGGCGAAGCACCAGCAUGACCCGGGCCCACCUUGGCCCCAUACGCAGCGGCGUCCCGAGCGUCCGGCCAGCCUCAGCUGCUGGGGUCCCGGAGGCUGCUGGACCCCGGGCCCGUGGCGUUGCCCGCCCAUGGAAGUUUGGAAGCCUCCGGGCCGCGUGCAGGUUGUGCGGGUGUACGGACUGAGGCCUCCCUGUCCAUGCUGCUGCUCCUGCUGGAGCGGGCCCGACAAGCCGGGCCCGGGGCGCCUCUACCGCAAGAAGAAGAAGAAGCGCUGGGGGAGGAAGGGCCGCGGGGUGCGGCGCGGCCACCCUCGCCGCCCGCUGCAGAGCAGCCCACCCGUGGACCUGAGCGCCCUUCUGCGCCCGGUCAACCUGUACGGCCGUCGGGCGCCCGGCAUGCGCGCCCCGCGCAACACCACGCAGUUCAUCAUGAACCAGGUCUACGAGGACAUGCGCAAGCAGGAGAAGCAGGAGCGCCAGCAGGAGGCCUUGCGGGCGCGACAGGCUACAGCCGCGGCAACAUCAGCGGCGGCCGCAGCAGCUGCUGCAGCCGCUGCGAGGCAGGAGCCGGGAGCGGCCGCCGCCGCUACCCCCCAAGACGGCAGCGGCGCGCUCCAGCCAGUGCUCAGCCGGGGCGAGGAAGACAAGGAAAUGCAGCUGCUGCAGGGGACCUUCUACAGCUUCGUCCAGAAGCAGCUCUACUGCCUCGUGCCCAGCCCUGCGGCUGCGGUCGAUGAGGACGAGGACGAAGAGGAAGACGAGGGGCAAGCGCUCCGCCUUUCUCUGCAGCAGGAGGGAAUUGAGGAGGAUGGGGAAGAGGAGGAGGAGGAGGAGGAAGAGGAGGAGGAGGAGGAGGAAGAAGAGGAGGAAGAGGAGGAGGAGGAAGAGGAGGAGGAGGAAGAGGAGGAGGAUGAGGAGAAGGAUGAAGAUGACGACGAGGAGGAGGAGGAAGAGGAGGAAGAGAAAGAAGAGGAGGGAGAAGAGGAUGAGGAGGAGGAAGAGGAGGUGAAAGAGGAGGAGGAGGAGGAGGAGGAAGAGGAGGAGGAGGAAGAAGAGGAGGAGGACAGUGAGGAGGAGGAUGAAGAAGAGGAGAGGUAUGGAGAGGAAGAGGAUGAAUCGGAGGAGGAGGGGGAUGAGGAGGAAGAGUUCAAAGAAGAUGAGACCGAGGAGGAAGAGCUGAAAGAGGAGGAUGAGAAUGAAGAGGAGGAGGAGAUGGAAGAAGAAGAAGAGGACUACCAGGAGGAAGAGCAGCAGCAAGACGAGGACCAACAACGCCUCGACAGCCCUCUCACCAGCCCAGAAACACCUGAAGAAGAGCCAGCAAACCUUUCGAACUGUGAUUUUUUAACCCGGGAACAGAGAAUUGUCCAAAAGCUUCAAGAAAGAUUCCCAAUGAUUGUGCAGAAAGUUCUGUGUUAGACUGAGAGGGAAGGAUGAAUGGGAUGGAACUGAUUCUUUGGCUAAAAUGAAAUUAGCAACUCAAAAAAUAUCUAAUAUAAAAGUGAGUUCCAUGAAUAAAUAUUAUCUAUGCACACCCCUCCUUUGUAAAAUUGUAAGAUGAUUAAAAACUUUA